AUGGAUACUUGCCCCAAGUGGGCCGGCGAGCCACAGGAGCUCGCAAACGGCAUUGUCGGCUUUGGCAUCUCGCUGUACCCGGAUCUGUGCUGCCAGGCAUGCCACGACUCGCUCUCGUCGCUCUACCUGACCUGCACCACCUUCACGGAUGGCGGCGACAUGGCGGGCAUGGACAUGAGGAAGAGGGACAUGGGGGAUAUGAUGAUGAUGGGCACGACCAGCGACGAGUGCCGCGCCAACAACACGGCUUGGCUCCAGACGAUGGCCUACUGCAUCCAACAGAACUGCGACGCGGACGGCUAUCCCGCCGACAAGCAGGCCGAGUGCUUCAGUAACCAGGCCGUCGCUGGCGCCCCCAAGCCGACCUUCCAGGAGAGUUUGCCCGCCGUGCCGCCGACCGUCGAGCUCCCGGCCGAUGCGGUGUGGCUCAAUACCACCAGUCUGGUCAACAAGGACCUCUACUACUCCACGGUGGCGCUCUAUUUCGUCGUCAUCGGCAUCUGCAUUGUCUGCGGUCUGCUGGCUCAGGCUGCGAGCGCGAUCCCGAGAUUUCAAAAGGCGCUGCAAGCUUCGGCUGUCUGGUCAAGCCUGCGUCGGCUCGUCUUUCUCCCGGCCCUGUUCGGCGGCCGACGUCUCGAACCGCUUCCCGGGUCCUUCGGUUACGUACCGGGCCGCGCGCUGAGCCUGUUCAUUGCCGUCUACGUCGUCCUGAACAUCAUCUUCUCGGCCGUCUCCUUCGGCAGCUUCCAGCCGAACGUGUACUUCUUCUCCAAAGGGUUCGAACUGUGCGAGUAUGUCGGCAAUCGAACCGGCACUCUUAGCCUCGUCAACAUGAGCAUCGCCAUCCUGUUUGCCGGCCGGAACAAUGUCUUGAUCGCCCUCACGGGCUGGUCCCAGACGACGUUUCUGACCUUGCAUCGGUGGACUGCGAGGGUGGCGGCUAUUCAGGCGGUGGUGCAUUCCAUCGUCUACACUCUGGCUUACUUCGAGCCCGGCUACGAUGGGGCGUCGGCCUAUGCCGCCAAAGCGGCAGAGUCUUUCUACUGGUGGGGAAUCAUCGCGACCAUCGCGAUGUGCCUGGCGGUGGGUUUCGCGUUCCUGUGGCUUCGCGCGAGGUUCUACGAGAGCUUCCUGCUCCUCCACAUCGCUCUUGUCAUCCUCACUCUGGUCGGAUGCUGGUACCAUCUGGUCCCUCAUUUCGGCUUCGACUACGGGUACCAGGUCUGGCUCUACAUCUGCUUCGCCUUCUGGGCUGCCGAUCGCCUCGCCAGGCUGGCCCGUAUCGGUUACUACAACACCCUCGGCGGGUCAAAGGCCGUCGUCGAGCCGGUCCCGGGCUGCGAUAAUAUCAUGCAGGUCACCGUCUUCCCGCGAGUUAUCUCUGGCUUUGGGCCCGCGCAACACAGCUUCCUGUAUCUCCCCGGAUUGCAGGGCAGGUUUUGGGAGAGCCACGCCUUCAGCGUUGCGGGCUGGAGGACACCGGGACGGGCACGGCGCACGGGGCCGGCUCCUGCCGCGCCCGCUCCAGAAUUCGACAGCGACGAAAAGGAGACAAACGUGGAGCACUCCCGUGCUGUCCUGUCCGCGAAUACGGAGGCCCAAACGCCGGGGCCCGCUGCCGUUCGGUUCCUCAUCCGGGCGCAUUCCGGCAUCACAUUAACGCUCAGGCGCCGCCUGUUGUCCUCACCUUCUCGCUCCAAGUUGGAACUGUCGGUCUACACCGAAGGGCCGUACGCGGGCCACCGAGCUACGCUCGCUCCGCUAUUUGUUGCGGACACGAUUAUAUGCGUCGCCGGCGGCAUCGGUAUCACGCACAUACUUGGAUUCGUCCAGGCGUACGCCAGUGGAAAGCUGCGAGAGAACGCGGGAGAAUCACAGGGGAAGAGUCGAAACACCAUGGAGGCGAAACGAUUCAUCCUAGCGUGGUCCGCUCGGGAGAUGGCUCUGAUCGAACACGUGAAGCAGAACUUCCUUGCCGAUGUGGAGGGGGUCGAGUGCUGGUUUUGGUGCACAGACUCCUCCUUCACGUCGCCCAAGGACGAGUCGUCGGAUGAGGGAGGCCAAGGAGUCAAGGCGGGAAGGAUGGAUAUCGAGUCUGUUCUGAGAGCCGCCGCUGAGCCCGGCCAGCAAACGGCUGUCUUGGUGUGCGCCCCUGGCGGCAUGGCAGACGAGGUGACCCGGCAGGUCGUGAGAUGCGUCAAGGACGGGCUGAAGGUGGAACUGGUGGAGGAAACGUUUGCCUGGUGA